AUGGCGCCGAAAACUCAGAGAGUGACCCGUAACCCGGAAUUGAUCCGUGGGGUCGGAAAAUACUCGCGUUCCCAGAUGUACCACAAGAGGGGACUCUGGGCUAUCAAGGCCAAAAAUGGAGGCAAAUUCCCAAUCCACGAGAAGAAAUCUGUAGCCGCAGAGCCAGUUGCGGUGAAGGCACCCAAAUUCUACCCAGCUGAUGAUGUCAAGAAGCCGCUUUCCAACAAGCGCAAGCACAAACCCACAAAACUUAGAUACCAGGACACAUCAAAUGACCCUGCGAAGCUAUUUCCUAAUUUUUAUCUAAUUGCUGCUGUAGGACCAUUCAAGAUCAAUGGUGUUCCUCUAAGACGUGUCAACCAAGCCUACGUUGUUGCUACUUCCACAAAGGUUGACAUCUCUGGGGUGAAUGUGGAGAAGUUCGAUGACAAGUACUUUGCUAAGCAAGCUGAGAAGAAGAAGAAGAAGGGCGAGACUGAAUUCUUUGAGGCAGAAAAAGAGGAGAAAAAUGUGCUUCCAGCCGAGAAGAAAGAUGACCAAAAAGUUGUUGAUGCAGAAUUGUUAAAAGCUAUUGAGUGUGUUCCAGAAUUGAAGUUAUAUUUGGGAGCAAGAUUCUCUCUAAAGGCUGGAAUGAAACCUCAUGAGCUCGUCUUUUAGAUGAAUUUAACUUAUUUGGUUCCUCUUGUUCCUGUAUUUUUAUCUUCCUUAAUUUUGCAUUAGAGAUUUAUCUUGGAACACAGUUUUAUCUGUUAUAAACAUUAAAGUUUUAACUUGGUGUGACUUUUGGUUAUAUUUGAGAAUGAAUUUUCUUGUUGGUUUCA